AAAACGGGUCGCGUUUAAUGCAAGCGUUUCCCCUUUGGCCAGUCGGAGUCUCCCCCUCAGCAUCAAGGCACCUAUCCACCUAUUUGAGCUUCCACGGGUCCGCUACUGUGCUCAGUCCUGCGGACAAUAUCGUUUCAUGAACCGCCGCCAAUACGUUUGAAGACUCAUUGAUUUCCACUGAGAGAGGUGCUGCUAGGACGUCACCAUGAGACGUAUGUCCAGAUCACUGUCCAUAACAUCUUUAAGCGGACUUUCUCUUCUGGAGGAGGACGACGUCCCCGUGGAGAAUAUUCUGCUUUUUGAGAUUGCGUGGGAAGUAACUAAUAAAGUUGGAGGGAUAUACACGGUCAUUCAAACCAAAGCAAAGAUCACAGUGGAUGAAUGGGGUGAUCAUUUCUUCAUGAUGGGGCCCUACUAUGAGCACAAUUUCAAGACCCAAGUGGAGCAGUGUGACCCCCCGACCCCUGCCAUUAAGAAAGCCAUGGAUGCUCUCAUCAACAGCGGUUGCCAGGUGUACUGCGGCCGCUGGCUGAUCGAGGGCAGUCCCUUCGUCAUCCUCUUCGACAUCGGGGGUUCGGCGUGGAACGUGGACCGCUGGAAAGGAGACUUGUGGGACACGUGCGGUAUUGGCAUCCCGUACCACGACCGCGAGGCCAACGACGCGCUCAUCUUCGGCUCGCUGGUGGCAUGGUUCUUCAAAGAGUUAACCGAUGAUAUCGGAGAGGAGAAGAAAGUCAUCGCCCAUUUCCAUGAAUGGCAGGCGGGGGUCGGCCUCGUGCUUCUGCGCUCACGGAAGAUCCCCAUAGCAACCGUUUUCACGACGCACGCCACCCUUCUGGGUCGAUACCUGUGUGCAGGGAAUGCAGACUUCUACAAUAACCUGGAUAAGUUCAACGCUGACCAGGAAGCCGGGGAGAGGCAGAUUUAUCACCGCUACUGCCUGGAGCGGGCGGCUGUCCACUGUGCCCACGUUUUCACCACUGUAUCACAGAUCACAGCUGUGGAGGCCAAUCACAUGCUGCACAGGAACCCAGAUGUUGUGACACCCAACGGGUUGAAUGUGAAGAAGUUUUCGGCCAUGCACGAGUUCCAGAACCUGCACUCCACAAACAAAUCUCGCAUCCAGGAGUUUGUCCGAGGACACUUCUAUGGACACCUUGACUUUAACCUGGAGAAAACACUCUAUUUCUUCAUCGCUGGCCGAUAUGAAUUCUCUAACAAAGGGGCAGACAUCUUCCUGGAGUCACUGUCCAGACUCAACUAUUUACUAAAGGUUCAUAAGAACGAUGUGACAGUGGUGGUGUUCUUCAUCAUGCCUGCCAAGACCAACAACUUCAAUGUGGAGUCUCUGAAGGGACAAGCUGUGCGUAAGCAGCUCUGGGACACCGCUCAGUCAGUGAAGGAGAAGUUUGGCAAGCGGCUUUAUGAGGCAUUGCUGAGCGGAGAGAUCCCCGACAUGAAUACGAUUCUGGAGAGGGACGACUUCUCCAUCAUGAAGAGAGCCAUCUACGCCACUCAGAGACACUCUCUUCCUCCAGUGACUACUCACAACAUGCUGGACGAUUCGACAGACCCAAUUCUGAAUAAUGUGCGUCGCAUCAAUCUUUUCAACAGCCGCAAUGACCGUGUGAAGAUUGUGUUCCACCCUGAGUUCCUCUCCUCCACUAGCCCUCUCCUGCCCAUGGACUAUGAGGAGUUUGUGCGGGGCUGCCACCUCGGGGUGUUCCCCUCCUACUAUGAGCCUUGGGGCUACACACCAGCUGAGUGCACAGUGAUGGGGAUCCCCAGCGUCACCACCAACCUGUCUGGGUUCGGCUGCUUCAUGGAGGAGCACGUCUCUGACCCAGCAGCGUAUGGCAUCUACAUCGUGGACCGGCGUUUCCGCUCGGCGGACGAGUCGUGCAACCAGCUGACCCACUUCAUGUUCGGGUUCUGCCAGCAGUCACGCCGCCAGCGCAUCAUCCAGCGGAACCGCACCGAGAGGCUGUCGGAUCUGCUCGACUGGAGGUACCUGGGACGGUUCUACAUGCGUGCCAGGAAGUUGGCCCUCAGCAGGGCGUUCCCUGAUGAAUACAAGAUGGACGCCCUGGCAACCUUUCAGGCGGAGGGCUUCCGCUACCCCCGACCCCAGUCCGUGCCCCCCUCUCCCUCUACCUCGGUCCCCUCCACGCCCCACCACUCUGAUGUGGAAGACGACGAUGAGGAGGAUGAGGAACCGUAUGAUGAAGAUGAGGAGGCGGAGAGGGACCGGCAGAACAUCAAGACGCCCGACAUGCUGGGGGCCGUACCCCCAGGCAAGAAGAAACAGCCAGGGCAAUACGGCGAAUAAAUGCCCCCCCACCCCUACCCCCAUCUUCAUUCUAUCCCACAUUUCCCCUUUACUGAUGAUGGCUGUCCCAAAGCAUUCUAGCACCCAAUCAGUGGAAGAUUUGUAUGGCUGGCAUAGUCUCUUACAUGAUCUCCAAUGCAAUGCUGUUAUGAUGCAGAAAACUAAAAGAAUCAUAAAAUGGUGCAUAAUCUCUAUGGUGUUAAACCUUACAGAGAGCGAAAUCAUGAGUGUCGCCCACAUAUCAGACAUUAACUGGUAAACCCUUUGGAAUAUUCAUGUCUGUAGAGGUACUAGGUGAUUUUAAAUGAGUUCUAACCCCUCACAAACACAUCUGAUCAUAACUUUCUGGACGUUGUUGUCCUUUGUGUUUACCCUCUGAGAAUCACUUGGACCAGACACUUUUUUUAUCUGUUUAAGUGCCAUAAAGAUCUGUCUGUCAGCGCAGGGUAACCAGAUAACCAACCCUGAUAAACAAAAAUAGACAUAUUUCUCUCAUGGAGAAUGUAUGGAGAAUUUUUUUUUAGUGAGAGUUGGUCAGACAUAUUGACACUGCAAUGGAGGCUAUGAAUGCAUGUUCUGUUUAUUUCAAACACUCAGACACACUGUUGAGCUGCAGCUCCAUGCACGCAUACAAACACUUUCUCUGACAGAAUAAAUUAGUCCAAUCCAAUAUUUAAAAAAGAACAAUAUACAACGCAUAUGUAUAUAUAUAUAUAUAUAUAUUCGCUCAGAAGUAGUCUUGUUUCCAUCCUGGAACAUCUGGAAAGUAAGCCUGUGGUUCACUGUUCUCCCCUGAAACAGAAGAACACCAUUUCAGCUUUAUACACAAUCCAACCGACAUAGAUGGAUGGAUGGAAGGAAAAAAAGGGGUGAAAGAGGGAAAGUAUGUGAUAAUACUUGUGGGAAAGUAUGUGACAACACACACACAUAAACACACAUACACGCUCACACAUAAACACACAUACACGCUCACACACACCGCUUUUAUUGAAAGUCCUCCGCACAAUAACUAUAAAUAAUCAACACAAUGACUAAUACUAUGCACAUCAAAAUAGCUGAAUUUGUGACCUUGUGUGUGACCCUCUCACCUUCCUCUUUGGCCCGUUGAAGAAAAUUAAGGAGAAUUGCAGCCGCUUUGGAUACACUCAGCUUCUCUAUAUUCUGACUACGAGUCUCUGAAAGUAAUAGAUAGACAGGCAGAGAGAUGGACAGGUAGACAACAAGAGAGAGAGAGAGAGAGAGUGAUGUCAAUGUCUCUCAAUAUCUCAAUGUCUUUACACAAAUCCAAUACUGCAAUAACUAUAUUACACCAACUUACCUAAAUGUAGAGUGUCAUAGACAUCUCUCUCUUUCACUUCUUCUGGGACAAACCUCCGUCCCUCUGUGGGAAGCAACAAAGGGUCAGUCUCACAUUCAGCGUUUCAAGCACCUCUUUGCGCAUGACAAUAACUAUGCCGGGAGAAUACAAUGCAUUGUUUAACUGGGUACAUACGUGUUCCCUUCAAAUACAACAUUGCCUGGGGUGUCCAGUUUCUACGCUGAUAGCCACCCUAUAUGUGAGAAAAAUAAAAACAAAGACGGCGUUACUGUCACUUAAGUCACUCAAUACGUCGGAAGAAAAUCUCACAACAGCGUGAUCAACAUCAGUACCUUCGGUGCGCUCCAAGUUUGGGACACAAACGUUGCGACCAGCAACAAAGUGAAGGCGUAGGCGGUUAGAUUCCUCAGACUCUGUGAAAAGUUGUUAAAAAAGAUGUUACAACGUUCCCGCCAACGCCUGAAUACGUACUUUAACCAUUAGUUUAACAACUUUUCCAUCAUGCACCAGCACUAUCUCCAUGCGUAAAACGCAAACGAGAGAAUGGAUUAAUUCCAAACUUGACAAAAUGUAUCCAGGACUGGUGUAAAAAGGUGCGCACUAUUUGAUAAUUGUAAGCAAUUACUUGAUUCUACAUUUUUAAAAGUCUCAUCAGGUCUCAGAUAUUUUGCAUUACAAAAACGAUUCGCGUGCGCUUGAAAAGGUUAUUCUAAAAAGAAUUCGAAGAACUGCUGUCAAUCUCAGCCUUACUUGCAUUGUUACUGAUAUCCUCUUCAGCUCUAGCAAGGUAUUCUGCCCGUGCCAAAUUGCGUUCUAUGCGUUUAUCCUCUGUAUUUAUAGUCAUCUGGGAGGGAGGGGGGCUCCUCCGCGUAAUGGUUUAUGGAAAUCAGCUAAAGCGAUAGGUCAGGUCAGAUUGAUCAGGGAGAGGUUGGACUACAGCCAGGUCCCUAAUACACCAACUGAGCGACAACCCGUCUCAGGGCAUGCGCAAUUAAUUACCCAUCUAAAUGUAGUGUACACUCGCGGCCAUAAAUACCGCAUUAUAAAAUAUACACAGUUCAUCAUUAACAAGAUGUAUCGCUGCCUCUUGAUUUAUACUUGAACCUCAGUUUGAAGAAGACGAAGAGGAGAGCAUAAAGUCGAUUCAUGCUUCUGCGCACGAAGCACAAAUUCACGCGUGAAAGCAGAAACCGGGUUAUUAAUGUAACAAGCUGCGGGGAAAUAUUGAUAUGUUUACUAUCUGCUCGCUGGCGCGGCGAAAAUAAAGAGCUGGCCUUUUUUUGAAUGAGUCUCUGACAGGCUCUCAAUGAACGCCGUUGCGCUGUUUUAUUGGUUAGAUACUACAUACACGGAGCUAUUCAUUCAGGGUAAGGUAUUGGCAAUGUUUCAUACUCAGUUGAUGAAUGAUUUAAAAUAAUAAUUAUAAUAAAGAACGCUUAGUUACAUACAAAUCUACAAAGAUGGGACUUGAUGUCAUAGCCAGUUCACACAAAAAAAAGACAGAGCACAUGUUUUUUUAAAACUGUAUUUACAAAAGUAACAGAUGAACAAAACAAAAAAACAAAGAAAAACUGCACAUUUAACCAUUCACAAGAACGUCAACCUUUACCCUUUUUUCAUAUUUCAAAGGCCUUUUGGAGUCAAGCAUGUUUGGAAAACACAAAUCCAACCAAAAAAAUAAAAUAAA